CUCUCUCUCUCUCUCUCUCUCCCUCUCCAACUCCUCACAAACAAUCCUCAUCCUCCAGGACUCUCCCUCAUCGCGCUCCUUCUUCCUUCCUUCACUUUUGCCUAUUUUCCAUCCUUUUUUCACCCCCAUCCCUUUCUUUUUACUUUCUCUGAAACCCAUCCUCAACCCUUCACACCUCCAGAGAUGUGAGGGGAUAAUGAGGACCCCCUGCCAGCGCUGCUGACUUGGAAGAUCCUUGCAUCCUCAUCUUUUGCUCUGUGUUUUUUUUCCGUCUCUCUCUCUCUUUCUCUCUCUCUCUCUCUCUCUCUCUCCCUCCUUUUUCUCGGAUGUUCAUCUGCCUCUCAACAAUGUAAGCGACGUACUGUCAGUUCAGUGAUGAAGAAGCGCACUACUUGGCCCGUUUUCCCCGCAUCUUAUGUGCUCGCUCUUUCAGCCGGAGGGAAGGAAUGAAGGAUUUUUGCGCGGAGGCAAAGUUUGAGGGCACCUGCUCACCUGCCCGCCUCUGCCUUUAACUGAUUACCAGGAAGAGAGCGGAACAACAGAUGAAGAACUUCUGAGCGAGCUGACUAUUGUUCUGGCGUUUUUUUUUUUUUAAAUAUAUAUUUAUUUAUUCUCGCUUGAGUGGGAUUUGGUCACCUUCUUGGAGGAAUUCGAUGUGCGCCACGCUGAAGGAUAUGACUUAAAACAAAGAUGCUGGCGUUGACAGCUGGAGUAAGGUCCGUGACUUGAGUGCUUUUCUCACUUCAAACUAGAAAUUGCCCCAGACUUAGGUGAAAAGCCGUCCAAAUGGGAGGAUACCUGGAGGACUGAGGCGGAUUCGGCAGCCGAGAUAAGAUGUGGAUAAAAAGGAGCGCUGCGCGCAGUUCGUCUGCUCUGAGGCCAGGCAGCUGUGUGGGGCACUGGGUCUGGAUCCUGCUGGCCAUGACUCACCUCACCUUGGACUUCUCUGUGUGCAGCCCCCUCAGCCCGAGCCUGGGGAUCAAGCUCACGCCUAAAUUGGUUGCUCGCUCCUGGCCUCGGUUGCAACCUCUCUGGGAUAUGCCCAACAAGCUUCACUGGAGAACAGUGGGCCCAUUGGCGCGUCGACUCCUCCACCCCGUUCCUCCACCUCAAGAGAACAGGGCAGGGAUGGGGCUAAAAUCCAAAGGUCAAAUGCACCGGAAGUUAGCACAUAGAGGGCAAGCGGCAUGUAAGGAUUGCUGGUCCAAAUACUCUCAAACAGAGCCAAGUGACCCUUUGGCUGGGAUAGUAGAAACUCCAGUCGCGACGAGAGGAAAGUUGUUAAUCAGAGCCAGGAGGCAACUCAAAGGGAACAGCUACAACAAGCUUCAGGAGGGCCCGAAUGCUACGGUGCAUACUAAGGGGACUACUACGGUGCCUAGUUUCAUAGACUGGGGACCCACAGGGACAGAUAGCACUGAUGAUGACAGCAAAGGAGAAAUCAAUGAAAGGCUAUCCACCAGGGCCUCACCCACCACAGUGGCAACAACUACUAGCACUACUUCAAGGGUCUCCGAAAGGACGUUCACUGUGGUGACCUCAACACAGUCCAAGAGUACCACCAAGUCCUCUAUCAGCAAACCAGAGACUGCCAAACCACCAAAGCCAUACGGGGACACACCAGGUUUGGCAGUUCACCAGAUUAUCACAAUCACUGUGUCUCUCAUCAUGGUGAUCGCAGCCUUGAUCACAACACUCGUCCUUAAAAACUGUGCGUGUUUUUGUAGCUGUGCGCAGUCUGGAAAUGGCCGCCACAAUAGCCAUCAGAGAAAGAUCCACCAGCAGGAGGAAAGCUGCCAGAACCUGACAGACUUCACGCCGGCCCGCGUGCCCAGCAAGGUGGACAUCUUCACUGCCUACAACGACAGCCUGCAGUGCUCGCAUGAGUGCGUACGGACUGCCGUCCCCAUCUACACUGACGAGAUGAUCCAGCAGACACCUGUGUACAAGACGGCUUACAAUGGAAACAGGCCCUCCCCCACCGAAAGACAACUGAUUCCUGUGGCCUUUGUGUCAGAGAAAUGGUUCGAGAUCUCUUGUUGACGAGCUAUAGGCUUUCACUCGUUUACUGGGAAAGACUUCAUGAAUCCGGACUCUGGAUCCAGUUGGAAACAAGAAACACACAAAAACAGCUUAUUUUGUAAAAUAGUGUAAUCUCUCCUCGGACAUUUGUGAAGAUAUUUAUUUUUCUAGAGAUAACAAGCUGAGCAGCCGUGGAGCUGCUCUUCCAUCUUUCCCGAAAAACAGCAUUCAUUUAGGUAGAGAGUACAUAGAUAUAUAUAUCUAAAUAUAUAUAGAUAUAUUUACAGGACGUAUGGGACGAGACUGUGGACAUCGAGGAUGUCUAAUGGAAAAUAUUUGACUUAAGAUGAAGGAGCCCAAGGAGCUGCUUUGGGUGGGAGACAAACUAUAUAUUUCUGAACAAUGUGCCAAUAAUGCCACUAUGUGCCACAACCUGGAUAAAUGGAAGUUUUAACAAUAACUGAAGGACUAAAACAAAGUGUGUUGUAUUAAACCUGUAUCAGUUCUUAUUCCUUUAUUAAUUUUCUUUUUUUUGUCCUUUUUUUAAAGAAAUGUAAAAAAGAAAAUACUUCAAGGGUGUUUGAAAAUGUUUUGAAGUAAUUUUGAGAAAUGGUUUGCAAAGGAGUCUAAAACAUAUUUCUACGAAUCACAAAAAAAGAGAGUUGCAACAAAACAUAUAUAGAUGGUUUAUGCUUUAUUGAACAAUUGACUUUAAAGACAUAAUUUGUAUUAAGUCCCAUUUUAAAACCAGAAUAGUUAUGUCUAUUUUUGUACACCUAGGAAUUAAACACAAAACAAACAAAAAAAACACACAAAAAAAAGUCUGCCGCAGCACCGACAGUGGUAAGUCUGGAGAACGGAGGACCGCUGCUGUUACACGCCCCCCCACUGUUACCCGAAACUAUUACAAAGGACCCCAUCUGCAUCUGGCUCAAGCCAACCCAAUGCUCACGUCACUGCUUCUUAAUCAUGGAGGUUAAUGAAAACAGAUAUGGAAGGUUUUCGUGGUGAAGGUGUAUGCAACAGCACCACAUUCAUAUAGUUGGAACACGGAGAAUCAGACUCACUGCAGGGAACUCCACAGGAUAUUCAUAGCGUCUCAGGACUGUCUAGGUUUCAUGCAAAGUACAAAUUAGUCUCUUACUAAGCAAUUUAGUCAGACUAAAUUCUGAUACUUGGUAUAAUUCAAAUGGAAAGUGAAAAAAAAAGAGGCUCAAACAUCUCCGAAAAUAUAUGAACCAGUUUUCUGGAUGAAGAACGGGAAGCAACAGAGACAUAAUCCUAAGGCUCAGAAUGAUCCUCAGCAAGUUUCCUUACCAGAUGUAUUGCAAAGGCCACCUCUCUAUAGACCCACCUGGUCCUCUACCAACAGGAAAGCAGUUCAAGGAGAAUAAAAUUUAACCAGUUUUCACCUAAACAGAUUGUGUUGAACUAAAUGAUCCAGCCGUAUCUGAAAUAAUUCAAUUAAAAAAAAAAGCUGACACUCCCUGAUUGUUUUGUUAAAGUCAAAGGAUUAAGACAAGCCAAUUACCCACCACUAAAUUGGUUGAAACAGUCUCUGAAGUCAGGUGGAGUGAACUGCGUGGUGAGAAGAAUAGCAGCGCUCUCCCGAGAGCCUCCUAGCACCAAUGACUUUAUUAUUAUUAAAACUUCAAGCUCUGAUUACCUUUGUGCUACGAAGCUCUUGUGAAAACUGUCUAAUAAUCUACCUGUAAUUGUGCUGUAGGUUUGUACAAAGCACAAACACAAUUCUGUAAUUGUAAACAUUUUUUUUUUUGGGCUGCAAACAGCAAUAUGUACAGAUUUAAUCGGUUUCACUGGGUGUUGGGAAAAUUCAUUUCCAGUAAUUCACAUGGGUCCAUUUUUUUUUUUUUUUUUUUUUAUUUUUAAGACUUCUACACAAUUCCUAAAAUGUACCAAGAAAACAUGGCAAAUACUUUCAAGGAGGCCGUUUUCACACAUGAUUGUUUGAAGAUGGCUUGGGGAUUCUACACACAGUUCGGUCCAAUAUUUUUUAUUUUUAUAUUAUUCUUAAUGUUUAUUUUUAAAGUGGCUGUUCACUUCAUUAUAGAAAAGUUCCUUCUGAAGAUUUGGUCUCAUAGUUAGAAGUGUUUAGGAUGGGAGAAGCUGUAAGCAGGACAGAAUACGGAGAAAUUGAUGUUUUCAAAAAUGAUCAACCUUUCUACAAUCACUGUUGUAAAGAAAGAAUUAGGAAGAAAUAAGAACUGUUUGUGAGGUGAGGGAGCAAAUGGCAAAAAAACCCAACAAAAAAACAACAGGUCAUCAGUAAAAUAGAGAUAUUCGCUGCUACGUUUGCACAUUUUCUCGCUAGCUGUUCUUCCGGAUUUUUAUUUCUUUGUUUUCAAGGCAGCCUGAAAAAUCUCUGAAAGAAUUUCAGGGGAAAUGCUGCCACGUUGUUUCUAGAACAUUCCAGGACUGUAGUGCAUGUGUGAAAACGCCUUACGUGUAAACGCGAGCCCUUGUCGAGGUGUAAAAAAAAAAAUAGAGUUGGGAUCAACACUGUGGUGCAAAACUCCUGCUUUUUGGCCCAAACACAACAUAAAAAACAACAAAAAAAAAAACGAAUAACGCAUAACUGGUCAGCCUCAAAUGCGUCAGGCUGUGUUGCUUCUUUGACAUAACAUAUAUUUUUUGAAUGAAGACUCUUACCUUCUCUAUCAGAGGGGUUGCGAAACCUACUGUACAUUACACACGUGUAAAUGUAUUUUCUAUAUAUUUGCUUCUAUUUGUGUACAGGUGUGUUCUAUUUUUCAAGGCCUCUCCUGUUGUUGGGAAGGCUUCGAGCUAGGUCGGGGAUAGUGUCUUUGUUUACAUGUGUAUCUACAGUAUUUCUUUCAAAAACACAAAAACUAACCUUGUGCCAAGCUUCUUAUCUGCACUUUUGAGCAGUACUUGUAUGAUAUCUUUAGCUAACCAGUAUAAUACUUCAGUAGAUGCUGCAAUAGUUCACUGGCUGAAAAGUGGAAGGUCUGAAAGUAAGAAUACAGGGGGGGCUUUAUCAGGUUCUGGUGCAUUUAUGGAUUGGCUGGAAAACCAAUGACUUGCUCUUCUCAAACACUUUCAAGUGGAAUUUAAUAUAAAGAGCACCACCACAUGAAUAUUAAUAAAAAAAAACAACCGAUGCCAAGAAACCAACUAAACUUGAUCUAUGUUGAGUUCCUUCCAUCUGUCAUUCUUUUUUUGUUAUUUUUUAUUUUUGCUACGCUUGCCCCAGAAAUUUCAGAAUUUGGCAUAAGCUUCUCUAUAGGUACUGAAUACAUCUACUAAUAAAGUACAUGAUGCUGAUGAUGUAAAAAUAAAAGUGUUAACUGAAUGAAUGAAAACACAUAGUCUGAAAACAAAUUAUUUUUCCUCAAAGUUUACAAGAUAUUUCCUGGUUUGUAAAAUCACCUGCACAUUUUAACCUGUAAUGCUUGAAUGCCAGUCGUGAUAGUGGUAUAACUGGGAUGUCUGAUUAGCAUGGAAAUACAGACGCUUCAGCGAGGCAACCUGUGUAGACCAAUUGCAGCAUAACGCCACAAAUGCAACAUAUGAACUCAUUUCUUAUCGUCUGCCUACACAACUUACUUCCCUACGACUUUCUAUUUUCAGUAAAUACUUAAGGAUAGCUGGUUUCUUUGUUGCAAAUAGGGAGGGAAUGAAAUCAAUUCUUCGCCAGUCAGAUCUCACUUUCUAAGCAGGUGCAUUUAUUUUGCGCGGAGAAUGAAUAUUUUGCAGCUCCUGUUCCCGUCACCUCACUCGCCUACGAAUUCUUUCGCUCCCCUCAGCACAAAGACACUAUCGACCAGCAGAGGUUUGCUCUGUCAAGACGAAGGAUAAGACAAUUUUACAGGUCCUGUGAUUUGUGUUUGCAUGUGUCAAGACAUAUGGAGUGGAACUUAUCGACAUAUGUAUUGUUUGAACAUCUAAAUGUUGACAGAACAUUUCCAAGGUCUGUUUUUUUUUUUUUUUUUUUCCCUGCCAUAUCGUUAAAGAGCAUUACCGUAAGAGGAAGAGAGUCGAUGAAUCGAGUCGGCUUUGUUAUCCGGCUUUUGAUGUCCGACGAGCCCAGAAACGUAUUAAACACGUGGCGUUGACAGCGACAAGGUGGUGCUUUGAAUUUGAUCAAAGUCAAUAGGGUGCUCAAUGAGGCGAGACUCUGCAGGAGGAGAGAAAUAUUUGAUGCGACAGUAAAUCUCACCAAAUCAAUUCCUUAGCUGUGAGGAAACUGUAGCUCCUCACUCCGCUUCUCCUUGUUUCAGGAAAAUCUCGUACUGUGCGCUUACUGUAAUCCCAGCAGAGGGCUCUGACUCUGCUCUUGGGUCAUGUUUUUUUAUAAUUUUUUCUCACAAGAGCUAAAGCACUGCUGGUGCUUAUCUAUACAGCGAAAGACUUGGAAAUAUAAAAGAAAAACAUUUUUGUUUGCAGCACCCCGGAUUUUCUCAUUACGCAUCGGCGAGAGGGGGGGCGAGAAGUAACGUGACCCAAAUCUGCCGUUGAUUCACACAGAAGGCCUCUAGCACUGUAAGAUGCCUUUUGCAACAGAGUGCAGAUCUGAACUGAGCGGCAUGUAAAGGGAAUCUGAGAAGCAGGAAGGAACGGGAAGAGAGAUGCUGAGAGCGUUUAGUGACGGCAAAAUCCGAGGCUGAAGUUGAGCUAAUAUGGGAGAGAAAAGUAGAAAGUGUCUUUGAUCAUUCACACUCGACAAAAACUCAUUCAUACUUACGAUGAAGGAAAACGACUCCAGUUGUGUUGUCGCCAUAAAAAUGAAGAGUUUGUACUUUGUGACUCUUAAACUUUUUAUAUUUGUGUUUAAUAUAUCAAUGAGUACCUCUGUUAACUUUUCUAUAAGACAUAUGACUAUAGUAUAUAAACGCACACAUUCAUGCACACACACACACGCACACACGUUAUACACCUCCAAAAAAAGGGACUCCAGUCUGUCUCUGUGACGGCUAAGCGUUGUAUAACUUUUGUUUUGUGUCUUAUGAACUACAUCUCUUCCUUUUGUAGUAAUUGGUAAACGUUUCAAUUUCCAGGUGACUAUGAUUUGGUUAUUCUUGUACUACUAAGCUCUGUAUUUGCAAGCACUGUAAAUGCGAUUCUCACUGGAUUCGUCCUCUGUACAUUUAGUACUCUGAUGUUGCUAUUAAUAAAACAUAAAACAACAUGA